UCCACGGUCAUUCCGCGUCGUUCUCUCUGGCCCCGCAAGUCCGCCGAACCAUCCUCCAGCAGCAACAGCAGAAUCUGCAACCAGCCAGAGCCCGUUUCGCUACCAGAAUCGCACGUUUGCGCUUGGCAUCUUUUUUUUUGCUCUGCCUGUUUCCGUCGGUUUCGGGUCGGUCAAUAUUCCGCGAGCGCUCGGUCGUCGGGUCAUUUGCGUUCCAGUAGUGCUUCGGUGCGGUCGCGCGCGCGGAUUCUCUUGUUCCGGGAUUGGUGUGUCGCGUUGUGUUGUGUGGCGGUUCCUGGCGGUCAGCGGCCAGUCUGAGCGUUUUUCUUUCCUUUCUCCGGUGCGGGAGGAUACAAAUUGUGCCCCUGGAAGAGAAGGAGAAGUGAAGGUGCGAAAGAAAAGGAGGAAGAAGAAGCCAAUUUCAGCUGUUCGGCCAGUGUGUUGGUGUUCCAGUGAUAAAUCAAGCCGGCGAAUACAACGGAAAGCAAAAAAAAAAAAAACAGUAAAACGUAAACAAACGCCGCGAAAUCGCCGCGUCCGAGUGUGUUGGUGUUGUUGAGUGUUGUUGUUCAAAUUCGCGCACGUAGAGUGAGAUAGGCAACAAGUGCUACAACAAAAAAAAAGUUGAUUUGUUUUGCGCGAUAGUGCUAGGGAGAGUGUAAAAAAAGAAGAAAAGUAAAAAACAAGCAACUUCAAGAUGGCAGAAGCGGCCGGUCCAACCAACAAUCCAGCAGCGCAGGCAGCCCCAGCGGGAGCGGCCGCCGGUGGCACCGGCAACGGGGUGACCAAUGCCAACCCGAACGCCGAGGUCAUCCGGGGCCAGCUGUUUGAGGUCGGGCCGCGGUACGUCCAGCUGGCCUACAUUGGCGAGGGCGCCUACGGGAUGGUUGUCUCCGCAGUGGACACCGUGUCAAAUAUCAAAGUGGCCAUCAAGAAAAUCUCCCCCUUCGAGCACCAGACCUACUGUCAGAGAACGCUGCGGGAAAUCAAAAUACUGACCAGAUUCAAACACGAAAACAUCAUAGACAUACGAGAUAUCCUGCGGGUGCCUAGCAUAGAACAGAUGAAAGACGUAUACAUUGUGCAGUGCUUAAUGGAGACUGAUCUGUACAAACUACUGAAAACACAGAGACUAAGCAACGAUCAUAUCUGCUACUUCCUGUACCAAAUUCUGCGAGGUCUCAAGUACAUCCACUCGGCGAACGUCCUGCACCGGGAUCUGAAGCCGAGCAACCUGCUGCUGAACACGACUUGUGAUUUAAAGAUUUGUGAUUUCGGCCUGGCACGGGUAGCGGACCCCGAACACGACCACACCGGCUUCCUGACGGAGUACGUCGCCACCAGAUGGUACCGGGCACCGGAAAUCAUGCUGAACUCCAAGGGUUACACCAAGUCCAUCGACAUCUGGUCCGUCGGCUGCAUACUGGCGGAGAUGCUCAGCAACCGGCCCAUCUUCCCCGGCAAGCACUACCUGGACCAGCUGAACCACAUCCUCGGCGUGCUCGGGUCGCCCUCGCAGGAGGACCUCGAGUGCAUCAUCAACGAGAAGGCCCGCAGCUACCUGCAGUCGUUGCCGUACAAGCCGAAGGUGCCCUGGUCGCGGUUGUUCGCGAACGCCGACCCGAACGCGCUCGACCUGCUCGGCAAGAUGCUCACCUUUAACCCGCACAACCGGAUCUCGGUCGAGGAGGCGCUCGCCCAUCCGUACCUCGAGCAAUACUACGAUCCCGCCGACGAGCCCGUGGCCGAGGAACCAUUCCGCAUCGCGAUGGAGCUGGACGAUCUGCCGAAGGAGACGCUGAAGCGAUUAAUCUUCGAGGAAACGCUCCGAUUCAACCACAACGAUAACCUCCCGGAUAGCAUGUAAUUUCCUGUUUGAUGAGCGCGCAGCCCAUCCCAUCCCAUCCCGAUCCGUUUGCAAAGAGUUUGAAAGAGUCCAUCCUUGGGCUGGUCAACCCCCCCUACUGCUAGCAGGAGACCGUCGUCAUUCAUUGUGUUGUGAAUAUUGUUUCCUGUGUCCGGAGUCCGGAAGUGAAAAGAUUUCACCCCUUCUACGCGCACGCCCCUCUUCCAAAAUAUUACAAUUUUAAAGUUUUACUGAUUCACGUUAGCGAAGGCGGAGUUUCGAUUAACUUUUGAGGGCUGAGAGUUUUAACAGAAAAUCGUGUGCCAGUUAAGAGUUAGAAAGAGAGUGGAGUGGAAAGGUUGCGUUUGGUUUGCUUUUAUUUAAGAACACAGAUGAUAUACACUCUACUUUUGUUGCAAUCCAUGCAAGUUGUACCCAAAAUCAGGCUAGGUUUUGUCUUAAGCGAAUAUAUAGAAAAAAUAUUUUAAUUUUAGGUUAUGCGCAAAGAUGUGCGACUAGAGAAAGAGGAAAAUGGAAGAAAACAAGUAAACUGCAAAUAGUUAAACCAAAAAAAAUGAAGAUGAAAUCAAGCAGCAGUGCUAACACUAAAAAAAUAUGUAUAGAAUAUUUACGUAAAUCAUUGAGACUUUUUUCCAGCGCCUAAUUGUUGACUGUUUAGGGGAAGAAGAUUUGUAAGAUAAUUGAAGAAAGGCUCACUCGCCAGGCGAUCAUUCGUAUGGGAGCAGAAUAGUUUUCAUCAACACACUCACACAAAACUCACAAGUAUUGUAAAUGUUUUCCAUUGUACAACGCAUCCAGCACGGCAAAUGUAUGUAACACCCGAGAAUGACUGUUGAAUCCGGCGGAAACUGAACGAAAAAAAAAAUGUAAAAAAGUGAGAAGAAUUUUGUGAAUCCUUUUUUUUCAUCUGAGACCACUUAUGAAAAACAUCCGCAGAAAAAGAUGAAACGGAAACUCGUUGUUAAUUACUGUAAUUUUUAAACGUGUGUGUAACUCCCUGGGCCUUGUAAAGUCAAGGGGCAUGAUUUGAUCCUAGUGCAUUAGUUAAAAUUUGGGUAUACAUUCUUUUUUAUAAGCACUAUGGACACCACUUCAUGCUAUGAGAACUCGCUUUGCCGCAGCCCCAGGGCUUAAGCGUUGACCGAUAAGCUGUCUUCGUGAACUAGGUAGUUCUCCGAUAGUGAAAAUAUCACAAUUGCACAAGACACCGCUGCUUCUGUGACUUUUUCACUAUCACAAUGUGGGAUUUAGGUUGGGACUUCAGGAUAGUACUAUUGAUUUGUUGCUUAGCAUUAGCAUUAAAAAUAAAUCUGUAUCCUUUCCAAAUCUAUUUCAUGUUAAAGUUAGUUGCAAUUGUUAAGUAAGAGUAAUGCUGUCAAUAAACUUUGAUUGAUGUAGAAUACUAGGCAUUCUUUUAUGUCAAAUUGUCCAUAGAGUCUCGAUCAAUCAAUAGUGAAAUGAUAUCGGACAAAAUUCGUUGAUCUGUUGAACUAACGGUUUUCGGAUUAUGGUUGUAUCGACCAUUGUUGCGAAUCGAGGAACUACGGAUUUUUUGACGUAAAUGGUCAUUUCUUUUUCAAAUCGAGAUUUCUUUCCUAUUUGUAUAUCAGUUCAUAAAUUUUUAUUGUUUUUGAUAGAAGAAGUACUACAACAGUUAAAGGAAUGUUUAGUUUUGAACAUUAAGUUUAGAGGAUUUUAGAUUAAAGUUUAGAUUUUCAAUCCAAAGUAGUUAGCAAAUGAAUAUUUGGACUUAAAUGAAUAAUUGAAUAAGUUGGACUUAUGAAUAACACACCACUGUGCAUUUAUUCUAGAGUCAGAUCCAUACAGCGUCAGUGUUUAUUUGGUCGAAGUGUACUAAUUCAUUGGCAGAUCUGAUUCUAGUUGUAAUGUACGACAAGACUACUGACGGACGUGACAGGACGAGGGCCCAGUUUAGAGGUUUCAACAUCAACGAUGUGCGGCUGGACCACCCUCCCAAAAAAAAAAAAAAAAAAAAAAAAAAAAAAAUUUUUAAAUGUGUGUGUAACUGUGAAUAAGUGUGUGCAAUUGUGUAAGUUUUAUCUCUCACUCGUUGCAAACGCGUUAAUUUUCUGCAAUAGCGCCCCCACGUGCGCAUCAUUAACUUAUUCAAGCGGAGCUGAAUACCGAAUCGUAAAUCACGCAAUUUUGGGUUGUGGUUGUAAGUCAACUGGAAAAAAAUUAACGACGCUUUACAUGUAAUUACUGGUGUAAUACUGUUCAUUUUCAGGAUUUUUGAAAGCCGUAGGGAGGUCGAUCCUCAAUCGGUCACCCUCUCCAUACGCGUAUGGAAGCCAACAAAACAGAGCAGCUAAAGGGUUUCGGUCGUCACGGUGCUUUGGAAGCUGCUUGUGGCGCUUUGUUUCCGAUAAACAAUUGUGUUACAGUUAUGUUCUACCAUGCUAAGAAACGUGCUAAACGGGUUUCCGUCGUUACAAACAGAAAUGUCCAUAAAAUGAGCUUAAUAAGAAAAGAAAAAAGAAAUUUUUCCUCAAUUCGAAAAUCUGACGGACUUCGUGACCCUGCAAUAUGAUCUUCAAGGGCAUCUUCUCAGUAGGAUCGAAAGUGUGAAACUUGAAGUUCUUAAGUUUCAUUUCUGACGUGUUUUCGACCGAAUACAAUCUGCCAAAUGUAAACAUUCAAGUAUGCUGACAUAAAGUGUGAGUAGGAUGGACUAGAUGUUUACAUUUGGCGGAUUGAUCAUGAAAAUUACUGAUUUCGUUCACACCCUUGCCAAAAUUCCGUUUGUUAUGUGUAAUCACUUGCGCUGAUGAAUUUUCUACGUCAGACAAUAUUCGAGACCUUCCAGCAACUCGUCAACAUCGACCGCCAACUUAUCCAGCACAAAUAUCAACCACUCUAGCGAAAAUCGCGUCCAUUCGGUGCAAAUUUGAUCAACAAACUGUUUCUUCCAUCCGUCAUGUCAAACGUCAAAGCGAACAUCACGGCUCACAUCUCGCAAGAACAACCCGAGCAGAAACUAGUUUACCACAACUUUGUGUUGGAAUUUCAUUUUGUCUGUAGAUUUUUCGAUACUGGAAUUCAAUUGGGUACUAAAGCCCUAUGCCAAUUUUUAUGUACAACGGUAAAAAACACGAUUAAAAACCAUUUCUGAUCACUUUUUUUCAUUUUAAUGCAAAUUUUUUUUUGACAAGACAACAUUUUUUCGAUGGAUCAACUAUCUGUCAAGUAGGAGCUUUUCUGUCAAGAAGGACCGCGAGGUUAAUUUUUCAAAAUUGAUUUAAAAAUCCAUUUUAAGCUCUUUAUGGUCGUACAAAGGGUCAUUGUACUAAGAAAAAUAAGCUUUAUCGCUGUGAACAAUAAUAUCAGCAAUCUAAGCUUCAUUUUAGGACCCAAUUCUCCGAUGCUUUUUUGGUUUGAUUUUUUGCUCUGUAAAUACAACUACUUGAAAGAAUAAUUUACUAAAGGCGCUCAAGCAGCUGACCAACACUUGUUUGGCGCACCGAAAACCCAUUUUCAAUGUUGAUAUACGUCGUUAAAACUUUUAAUCACGAUCACUGCGUUGCUCGUAAACUGUUGUGACUGUAAUACAUAUAUUGGUGUUCGUUACCGAGUUUUCAUUGCCUUUUUUUCGUCACUAUUUCACGCACGAUCCGUUUUGGUAGUGCGCUGUACAUAGACGAUUGCAGAUUUUUCAAGUUUUUUAAACUUUCAAUUCAAAGUCUUCUAAAACUCACUUCGCGUUAUGCGCACUUGCAAAAGAAAGGCUAAAUGCAACCGGACAGUGUACAGUAUAAUGGAACAAUACGGGCGUCUCAGAAAGUGUAAUUAUCAAAUUGUAACUCAACAUUAAAAAAAAAACAAAAUCUAAUAAAAGCAGAAACAAGUGAAAUCAAAUUCAACAAAACAAAAUGUGUACAUGCAAACAACGUGAUAUUUUUCAUGAGGGAGAAAUGUACAAGCAGAACAAAACAAGCCAGUCGUAUAUAUUAUAUUGUUGUAUUAUUCUGAUAAGUAGUUAUAAACAAGUGAAAGACAUGGAAAUGCAGCAAUUUGCAGUAAAAAAUAAAUAACAGUAAUAAAAAAGGAAACAAAACUUUUCGCGAAAGCGGCACCAUCAUCUGCACCUCCAUUCUGUAGUAUGACGCAUUCAUCUGCGCCCCAUUACGAUUCAUUCUACCUUGUGAAACCCAAAACAGUGAGUGGUGAUAAUCUAACAUAUUGAAAUAAUACAUGGACUAAUGGCAGUUUAGCAGCAUUAGAGCGACUAGAUAGGGUUAAAAAUAUAACUAAAGCAGAAAAACUAAACAAAACAGCAUGUAUCAAACAUUGAAUAUAAAAAUAUGUAGCAUUAAGCACCGGCAGAUGUACUUAUCGUGAGAGCAAACAAAAAAACGCAAAUUAGGAUCUUAUCGAACUAACGAGUCAAAACAUUGUAACAUUUCAAAAUACGAUCUUACGGAUAGUCGUCUUAUGAUCAUACCCACUGGUUACAACAUAAUGAAAAAUGGAUAAAAAACAUGUAUUUAUGGACUAGUCCAGUGUAGGUGCAGAUCGUGGGGUCCUCUUUCCCGUCUCUUGACUAUUCUUAGUUACGCCCUUUCUUAAACUAUUGCAAUAUCUCCAACCACACAAUCCGACUAGAAUCGAGCGCAGAUUUGUGCCCCAGUUAAAUCCAAUAAACUUAUUCCACCAUCUUAAAAAACAAACAAAAUCAAACAACUAAUCACAUAACGAGGCAGUAUCGAAACAUUAUUUGUCAGGAAAAUCGAACGUAAAUCGAAUUAGCAGUUAAAUAAGCAUCUGUUUUUAAAAAUUUGUGCUAAAAUUCUCAACAGUAAAAAAAAACAAACUCUUUUACGUCGCAAGUCGCAUAAGUAACACAGCAGAUAUUAAGUCAUUCGAUCGGUGGUUAAACAAAAACGGUGUGUCAUCAAACCAAGUUUUUUAAAGCUCUAAAGGAAUAUUUUUACUGGAUGUAUUUUAAAGUUCACACAACUAUUUGUCUUCUCAUAUAGUCAACCAUAUGCAUUCAAGCGGGCACACUCUUUUUUCGUAUAUUGCAACAUUUUCGAACGCCGGUUAUAAAUGUGUGUAUAGAAGAUCGAGCAAAAAAAAACUCAAUUUAUCAACUCAGACUAAAAAAUAUUAAAACGAACUGACCAAAUGGUGGAUUCAAA